GAGCCGAACGGAGCCGCCGCCGCCGCCGAUGGGCCCCUGAGCCGCCGCCGCCGCCGCGCCCGGGCGGCCAUGAAGCCGCUGGAGAAGUUGCUGAAGAAGCCGGGCUCGCACCUGCCCGUCCGCCCCGCCGCCCCCCCGGGGCAGGUACCGGGGCCGGGGUCGGUGCCGGCGCCGCGGCGGCAGAGCCUGUCGCGCCCGCCCGCCUCCCCGGAGGAGCCGGCGGGGCCCGCGGGGCCGGUGCCGGGGGGCGAGGGCCGCUGGCUGGAGCUGCGGCCGCCCGAAGCGCCGCUCCGCUCCCCUGAGGAUCCGUCACCGUGCGGCGACCGCGAUCGGGACCGGGGACCGGGACGGGACCGGGACCGGGAGCCGCCGAGCCCGGAGCCGCCGCCCGCCGCCCGGUGCUGCUGCGGCUGCGGCUGCCCCCCGCCGCGCCCGCGCCCCCCCGAGCGGCUCCUGGCCGCGCUCCUCGACCGGCUGCCGGCGGCUGCACACGGGAGGGGCUGCGGGGCAGAGUCGCUGCUGGAUGACAUCGUGCUCACCCACUCGCUGUUCCUGCCCACCGAGCGCUUCCUGCAGCAGCUGCACCAGCACUUUGUGCUGGCGGCGGGCAGCCCCCCGGCGCGCUGGGAGGAGGGCUCCGGGCUGCAGCGCAAGCGGGCGGUGCUGGCCGUGCUGCUGCACUUCCUCGAGACCUACAAGGGGCUGCUGCAGGAGGAGGAGAGCGCCGGGAAGGUCAUCAAGGAGCUUUAUCUGCUCAUCAUGAAGGACACGUCCCUCUACCAUGAGCUGGAGGACGAGAUCAUCAAGCUGCACCAGCUCGUGGAGACCGUGGAGCUCAAGGUCCCACCUGAACGCCCCCCCCCGAACAAGCAGGUGAAGCCGCUGUUCCGGCAUUUCCGACGCAUCGACUCCUGCCUGCAGACCCGGGUGGCAUUUCGGGGUUCUGACGAGAUUUUCUGCCGCGUCUACAUGCCCGACCACUCGUACGUCACCAUCCGCAGCCGCCUCUCGGCCUCGGUGCAGGACAUCCUGGCCUCGGUCACCGAGAAGCUCCAGUACUCGGAGGAGCAGAGCGCCCGCGGGGACGCGCUCAUCCUCGUCACCAUGGCCUCGUCCGGAGAGAAAGCGGUGCUGCAGCCCAGCGAGGAGUGCGUGUUCACCACCCUGGGCAUCAACAGCCACCUCUUCGCCUGCACCAGGGACACUUUCGACUCCCUGGUGCCACUGCCCGAGGAGAUCCAGGUGGUCCCGGGGGACACCGAGAUCCACCGUGCCGAGCCCGAGGACGUCGCCAACCACCUCACAGCCUUCCACUGGGAGCUCUUCCGCUGCAUCCACGAGCUGGAAUUCGUGGAUUACGUGUUCCACGGGGAGCGGGGCCGGCGGGAGACGGCGAACCUGGAGCUGCUGCUGCAGCGCUGCAGUGAAGUGCAGCACUGGGUGGGCACGGAGCUGCUGCUCUGCGAGGGGCUGGGCAAGCGCGCCCACCUGCUCAAGAAGCUCAUCAAGAUCGCUGCCAUCUGCAAGCAGAACCAGGACAUGCUCUCGUUCUACGCCAUCGUCAUCGGCCUCAACAACGCCGCCGUCAGCCGCCUGCGCCUCACCUGGGAGAAGCUCCCAGGGAAAUUCAAGAACCUGUUUCGAAAGUUUGAGAACCUGACGGACCCCUGCAGGAACCACAAGACCUACCGGGAGGUGCUGGCCAAGAUGAAGCCGCCCCUCAUCCCCUUUGUGCCGCUCAUCCUCAAAGAUCUGACCUUCCUGCACGAAGGCAGCAAGACCCUCCUGGAUGGGCUGGUCAACGUGGAGAAACUGCACUGCAUCGCCGAGAAAGUGAGAAACCGUGCGGAAAGUACCGGAGCCGGCCCCCUCUGCCUGGAGCUGGAGGCGUCCCCGGCCCAGCUGCAGACCAAGGCCUACGUGCGGCAGCUGCGCGUCAUCGACAACCAGAACCUGCUCUUCGAGCUCUCCUACAAGCUGGAGCCCGGCAGCCAGUGAGGGGGGACCCACCCCGGGACCCCCAAACCCCGGGAACCCCCCCGGGGGGCCCGGAGCCCCCCAGCACUGACGCACUUUGCCCAGCCCCGGCCCUUGGGUGCUGCCCCCACCCUUGGGGGGGGUGGGUGGUGGGUUUGGGGACCCCCCGGCGCAUCCCCCUCUCCCCCCGCCCCCUCCCUUGGCUGGGGCACAGGGGCCCCCGGGGGAGGGGGUCAUGUCCCCCCCCCCCCCGUCCCCUCUAUUUUUGUAUGUGUGCCCCGCCCCCCUCCCAGACGUGUAUAUUUUGUACUGCCGCUGUCUGGAAUUGUACAUUUAUUUUUUAAGAAAAAGGAGGAAAAAAAAAAAAAAAAAAAAAAGUCAAGCUGGGGGUGGGGCAGGGAGCCCCAAUAAAAGUCUGUCCCGGC